AUGCGUGAGAGCUGGGCGAGUGGUGACUUUUUGACCGUCUACGCGGCGCGCAGGAGCUUUGCGUUUGACUGCAUCUAUUGGAACAAGAUUGACCAACGCUUCUUUGGAGCGGAUGAGCAGGAUAUCCCUCCCGAGGAUAUGUGGGAGAAACGGCUCGAGCUGCUCGACGAGCAGACGCGAGAGGCGAUGGAUUCGUUCGUGGAGAGGAAAAUGAAAGAGACACAGACAAAGGAAUUGGCCUGGGAUCCAGACAGAUACACGUUGGAAUGGGCGAAAGUCGUGUCAUGA